CCCUUGUACUUAAGGGAGCGCAGCGAGUCCCUUUCCACACAACUUAGGCGACUCUCGGCGGUCACAUUUGGACCAAACUUGCUUCUGACUCUUCAGUCGUUCACCUUGCGGCCUUGUCCCCAGCGCAGCUUGUGCUGACAGCGAACAAUAGCAAAGCAAUAGUUCCAGGCCGCGUUGGCGGCUUGACGAGUCGCGAAUUGAGGCGUCGCGCUGACACUAGCAACCAUGGGCAAUGAGGGCGAGGUUAAGGUGGCGGUCAACGGGACCUCUAUUGAGGAGGUCAACUUUGAGAAGAUUGAUCUGAAGGAGGCGCUGUCAAUUCUGAACACGACGCCUCAUGGACUAUCCUCCGCGGAGGCAGACAAGCGCCUUGCGGAGUAUGGGCCGAACCGCCUGCCGGAGAGCAAGCGCAUUCCGCUCCUGGUGUUCCUCGGCUACAUGUGGAACCCUCUUUCGUGGGCUAUGGAGGCCGCGGCCAUUAUCGCUAUUGCUCUGCUGGAUUACGCUGAUUUCGCCCUCAUCGUGGGCCUGCUGUUCCUCAACGCCGUGAUCAGCUACGUCGAGGAGUCGAGUGCGGACAAUGCAAUCAAGGCGCUGGCGGGAGCACUGGCACCCAAGUGCAAAGUCAUUCGAGACGGCACGCUACAAACCAUGGAGGCGGUCAACCUUGUCCCCGGCGACGUUGUGGUCAUGAAGUUUGGUGACAUCGUGGCCGCUGACGUGAAGCUCUUCUCCGACGACCCGCAGCAUCCGUUCGAUUCACACUCUGAGGAGGUGCCCAUGCAGAUUGACCAGGCCGCCCUGACCGGUGAGUCGCUGCCCGCCAAGAAGCACACCGGUGACGUCGCCUUCUCUGGCUCUGCCAUCAAGGCUGGCGAGCGCCACGCCGUCGUGUACGCCACCGGCAUCAACACCUUCUUCGGCAGGGCUGCUGCGCUGAUCAGCGGCACGCACAACGUCGCCAACCUGCAGAUCAUCAUGACCAAGAUCGGAGGCGUGUGCCUGGUGACCAUCGGUGUCUGGGUGGUGAUUGAGCUGGCCGUGCAGUUCGGCCACUACGGCCACGGCUGCACUUCCGGCGAGGAGGGCUGCCCCACCCUGACCAACAUGCUGGUGAUCCUGGUCGGUGGUAUCCCCAUUGCCAUGCCCACCGUGCUGUCCGUCACCCUGGCUCUGGGCGCUGCCAAGCUGGCCAAGGAGGGCGCCAUUGUGGCCCGCAUGAGCGCUGUGGAGGAGAUGGCCGGUAUGGACAUUCUGUGCUCGGACAAGACCGGCACCCUUACGCUGAACAAACUGUCGAUCGACAUGAACACCAUCUACAAGUGCGAGCCCGGUAUCACCAACGACGACGUGGCCAAGUACGGCGCGCUGUCGGCCGACGUUGCCGGCGAGGAGCCCAUCGACAUGGUGCUCUUCAACAACUACGCCAACGCCAAGGACCUGGCCGCCCGUUACAAGAAGAUCAAGUGGGUGCCCUUCAACCCCACCGACAAGUUCACCGCCAUCACGCUCAUGGACCAGGAGACCGGCCGCGUCUUCCGCCUGCUCAAGGGCUCGCCCCAGGUGGUUCUGGGCAAGGCGUACAACAAGGACACUCUGGCCGACAACGUGAACGCCAAGAUGGUGGAGUUCGCCAACCGCGGCUUCCGCUCCCUGGGUGUGGCCAUGGCCGAGGGCGAUGGCGCUGACGGCAAGCACGAGUGGCACAUGCUGGCGCUGCUGCCCCUGUUCGACCCGCCCCGCCACGACACCAAGGACACCAUCGAGUACUGCCACGGCCAGGGCAUUGAGGUGAAGAUGGUGACUGGCGACCACCUGCUGAUCGGCAAGGAGACCGCCAAGAUGCUGGGCAUGGGCACCGUCAUGUACCCCUCGGAGGUCCUGAUCAAGGCCAAGAACGGCGACAAGGGCGCCCUGGGCGACUUCCGCGACGUGACCCACAUGGUGGAGUCGUGCAACGGCUUUGCUGAGGUGUUCCCCGAGCACAAGUACGAGAUCGUGGCCAUCCUGCAGGAGGCCGACCACGUCGUGGGCAUGACCGGCGACGGUGUGAACGACGCGCCUGCGCUGAAGAAGGCCGAUGUGGGUAUCGCUGUGGCCGGCGCCACUGAUGCCGCCCGCGGUGCCGCCGACAUCGUGCUGACCGAGGCGGGCCUGUCCGCCAUCAAGACCGCCGUGCUGGGCGCGCGCAAGAUCUUCCAGCGCAUGACCACCUACUCCAAGUACACGGUGGCCAUGACCUUCCGUAUCUGCUUCACCUUUGGCCUGCUGACCGUCAUCUACGACUGGUACUUCCCCACCAUUCUGAUUGUGAUCAUGGCCGUGUUCAACGACGGCGCCAUGAUUGCGCUGGCCAAGGACCGCGUGGAGCCCAGCCGCCAGCCCAACGCCUGGAACCUGAAGAACAUCUUCCUGAUGGGCAUUGUGUACGGCCUGUACCUCACCCUGUCCACCUGGGCGCUGUACCAGACCGCCUGCAAGACCAGCUUCUUCGAGGACCACUUCCCCAUCUUCUCGCUGGACGACCGCCACAUCACCCUGCAGAACUGGUGCACCGGCUACAUCACCAACCAGCUGAACCUCAACCCGACCGCCAGCAUCUGCACCAUGCCCACCUACCUGGCGCAGUUCGACAGCCAGGCGGCUUGCAUUGAGGAGAUGGGCGGCGAGCAGAUCAUCAACCAGUGCAUGGCCGAGCAGCGCUACAUCCGCGGCGCCAUGCUGCGCUCGCUGAUCUACAACCACGUCUCCAUCUCCGGCCAGGCGCUGGUGCUGGUGGUGCGCAACCAGGGCUUCUCCCUCAUGGAGCGCGCCGGCAGCCUGACCUACAUCGCCUUCGUGCUGGCCCAGAUCGGCUCCACCGUCAUCUCGGUCUUCGGCUUCGGCGGCUACGUGCCCCCUCGCCACCGCUUCACCGACUGCCAGUUCUGCAGCUACUCUGACUACACCCCCGUCAAGUUCUUCCCCAGCAAGGAGGUGCCCAUGGCCGGCACCGAGUCGGUGUACACGGCCUCCGUGCUGGGCUGCCUGGGCUACGUGCUGGUGGCCUGGAUCUGGACGGGCAUCUGGUACGUGCUGCUGGACCCCAUCAAGUGGGCGCUGUGCUGGAUGCUCAACGAGGACGGCUUCCGCGACAUGGCCACCAUGAAGCACGAGCGCCGCCAGGAGCUGGGCCGCACCUCGCAGCAGAAGGCCGCCGACGUGGGCGUGACCGGCAUGACCGUGCCCACCGCCUCCAACCCGCUGGGCCGCGCCUCGAUCCAGAAGCCCGUCACCAUGGUGCUGGACCGCGCCUCGGCCGCCCUGGUGCCCGUGCACCGCACCAGCGACGGCCUGGUGCGCGUGUCGGCCGACCCCGCCAAGGCCCGCGACCUGGCGCGCCGCAGCCGCCUGAACGAGGGCAUGCAGCGCACCAGCGGCGGCGCGCACGCUGCCGGCCACACCGGCCAGAAGGAGAUCACGCGCGCUUAAAGCGCGAGUGUGGCUUUUUGAGAGCCCCGCUGGCGCGCAUUGGGCUCUGGCGCUGCGCUUGGUGUGAGGAGGAGCUGGAGCGGCGAUUGGGCGUGCGGAGGGCGCGCCAGCUGGCGGGAUGAAUGGGCUGGUAGCGGCUAGCGGUGAUGCGUGGAGGCAGCGCAUGCGCCAGUGAGUACAGCACAUACACAUGCGCUGGGCAUGGACGCUGACGCAUCAGCGGCCGCUUUGCGCGCAGCUCGCGGACGGAUUUGGUGUUUGGUUUAGCCCACAUUGCAGGUCUCGUGAGUGUGUUGGCCUUAUUGAGCAGCAGAUAGCACAGAAGGACGGUACUGCAACAUCAAGGGCGUUAUAGUCAUGGGGUUUGUGGAUUAAGCCGCAUCAACAUUUUGUGUGGUAUCUAGCUUAGCAUGCGUUAUCCGUGCAGCAGGAUACGUUGGCAGCCUUUUGAGGUGGGUUUUGGAGAUGUGCGCCGCGGGGCAACUGGCGCCGCCGUCCCGAGACCACGCUACUAAGGGUAUGAACGGCAGAUAACUGGGGAGCGGCAAUUUUUGAGUGCAGGCCUGACCGAGAGGAGACUCGAUGAGCAUGACCUGUGAAUUCGCUUGUGUGGGUGUCUAAUUGUGGCCUGUGUACCGUCAGCACGUUGGGCAAGGCGGGUGCGCUGUUACUAGUGCUUACGCACGGCGCGCGGCAUGGGACGAGGCCAAAACUGAGGCAUGCGUGUCUGUCCGUGUCCCUGUGGAUUCGUGACCUGAUGCGCUUUGCUGUGCUGUUGUGCUUCGUGUGUACCUCGGGACGAAUCGGAUGGGACCCGGCGGAGCCGACUGGGGCAACUUCUGGGAGAUCAAAGAGGCUGCGGGGGUAUGUUGAGCCACGUGCCGCAGCCGUUGACUCAGGAGGCCCGUGGCUGUCGUCGUGGAGCGAGGAGAUAAAAUGAAUAGAGUGCCACUGUAUCAAGAAAGACAGAGGAGAGAGGAGGACAGGGGCUGCACUGUGCGACCAGAGAGGACUGCUUGCGGAAUGCUCGCUGCGAGAGCAAUGGUGUGGGAAAGUGCUGCGCUCCUAUGAAGAGGGCGCCAUGUAACCAAAUGAUGCG